AUGGACGCUGGCAUCAUCGCAUCCUUUAAAAUGGCGUACAGAAGGAAGCAGCUUCGGUGGGUAUACGACAAGAUUAAGAACGGUGUUGAGGCUGAUAGUACGGUGUGCGCCGUGGACCAGUUGGAGGCAAUGCAAUGGAGCAAUGGAAUCUGGAAUGAAUUGAAAGAAGCUCGCUCGAAGAUUCGCCUACGGUAUAUUCAGAUGUGA